CAUCCGUUUCCCCUCUUCACAGUUUCCUCCUUCAAUCAAAUCUAAAGCCCGAACCAGACAUCUUCUCCUAUACUUACACAUUUACAUACACAUAUAUCUCUUUAUAUUAUACAAAUCGGUUCUUCCUGAGCAUUUCUUCGUUGAUCUAGGGUUGAAACAACGCACGGCUGUGUGUAAAUCUGAAGGAAAGAUCGGGUUCUUCGAUUCUGUUUCUGUUCCCUCUUGGCUCGAGAUCCGAGCCAAGAACGGAGGAUUUUGUCGCUAUUUGAAGCUUCUCCGGUGGCCGUAUAGCGUUCCAAAUCGGUAACGCUCUUCACUGUUUCGUGCCCUAUACUCGGCGCAGAGAGGGUUUGUCAGUGAGUGAGUGAGUGGAAAUGGCGUCAGGUGAGGGAUUUCUGACGGAUGAACAGAGGGAGAUUUUGAAAAUCGCGACUCAGAAUGUGGAGGUUCUUUCCUCUUCGCCCAAGUCUCCUACACUUAGGUCUCCGCGCCCCAAGUCUCCAUCUGCGCUGCUGUCGGAACACCACGUGAAAGCUCCUCUUGGCGGCAAGGCGUCCACUGCUGGGAUUGCGAUGAGACAUGUGAGGCGCACACACUCUGGCAAGCAUAUAAAAAUUAAGAAGGAUGGAGCUGGUGGUAAAGGCACCUGGGGAAAGCUACUUGACACUGAUGGGGGGUCUCACAUUGAUAGAAAUGAUCCCAACUAUGAUAGUGGAGAGGAACCAUAUGAACUUGUUGGAUCUGCUGUUUGUGAUCCAUUGGAUGAGUAUAAGAAAUCUGUGGUAUCUCUUGUUGAGGAAUACUUUAGCACUGGUGAUGUGGAUGUUGCAGUAUCUGAUUUGAGGGAACUUGGUUCAGUUGAAUACCAUCCCUAUUUCAUUAAGAGGCUUGUUUCCAUGGCAAUGGAUAGGCAUGAUAAGGAAAAAGAGAUGGCUUCUGUUUUGCUUUCAGCGCUUUAUUCUGAUGUCAUUAGCUCUGCCCAUAUAAGUCAGGGAUUUUUCAUGCUUCUUGAGUCUGCUGAUGACUUGGCAGUGGACAUACUUGAUGCAGUUGAUAUCCUUGCUUUAUUCAUAGCUAGAGCUGUGGUCGAUGACAUUCUGCCCCCAGUUUUUAUUGCAAGGGCAAGGAAAAUGCUUCCCGAAUCCUCCAAGGGUUAUCAGGUGUUGCAAACUGCUGAGAAGAGUUAUCUCAUGGCUCCCCAUCAUGCCGAACUUGUGGAGAGGCGCUGGGGUGGUAGUACUCAUUUCACUGUUGAGGAGGUGAAGAAAAAGAUUGCUGAACUGUUACGGGAAUACGUUGAAAGUGGAGAUACUGGUGAAGCUUGCAGAUGCAUUAGGCAGCUGGGACUUUCAUUUUUCCAUCAUGAGGUUGUGAAAAGAGCACUGGUCUUAGCCAUGGAGAUCCGCACUGCAGAACUGGUUAUUCUGAAACUUUUAAAGGAGGCUGCAGAAGAGGGUCUCAUAAGUUCUAGCCAAAUGCUGAAGGGCUUUGCACGUUUAGCUGAAAGUCUUGAUGAUCUUGCAUUAGAUAUUCCCUCUGCUAAGACAUUGUUCCAAUCACUUGUUUAUCAAGCAAUCUCUGAAGGAUGGCUUGAUCCAUCUUUUCUGAAAUCCUCAAGCGAGGAUGGCAAGGUACAUGAUGCAGAGUAUGAAAAGCUGAGGCGAUACAAGGAGCAAUCUGUCACCAUCAUUCAUGAAUAUUUCCUUUCUGAUGAUAUCCCAGAACUUAUUCGGAGUUUGGAGGAUCUGGGAGCGCCAGAGUAUAAUCCAAUUUUUGUGAAGAGGCUCGUCACACUUGCCAUGGAUAGAAAAAACAAAGAAAAAGAAAUGGCAUCUGUUUUGCUCUCUGCGCUUCAUAUUGAGCUCUUUUCAACUGAAGAUAUAGUGAAUGGUUUUGUGAUGCUAUUGGAAUCUGCAGAGGACACUGCACUCGACAUUUUAGAUGCUUCAAGUGAACUAGCUCUGUUCCUGGCUAGAGCUGUUGUUGAUGAUGUCCUAGCUCCACUUAAUUUGGAAGAAAUCGCGAGCAGGUUGCAGCCAAAUAGCAGUGGAAGUGAGACCGUUCGUGCGGCGCAAUCACUCCUCUUUGCCCGUCAUGCGGGUGAGAGGAUCUUAAGAUGCUGGGGAGGCGGGACUGGUUGGGCUGUAGAGGAUGCCAAGGAUAAGAUCAUGAAGCUGCUGGAGGAAUUUGAAAGUGGCGGUGUUGUGAAUGAAGCUUGCCAAUGCAUUCGCGAUCUCGACAUGCCCUUCUUCAAUCACGAGGUUGUGAAAAAGGCAUUGGUUAUGGCUAUGGAGAAGAAGAACGAUAGGAUGCUGGAUUUGCUGCAAGCAUGCUUCGACGAGGGCCUGAUUACGAUGAACCAGAUGAGCAAGGGGUUCGGGAGGAUCAAGGAUGGGCUCGACGAUCUGGCUCUGGACAUCCCAAAUGCCAAGGAUAAAUUCAAAUUUUAUGCGGGGCAUGCCAAAGGAAGAGGGUGGCUGUUGCCGGCCUUCACAGAUGUAUUAUCAUCUUCAUCUUCUUCUUGAGAGGAAGAGGAGGAAGGAGGAUACAAGAGUUUGUUAGUGUUGUUUACUUGCAUUAAUCUCCAUCCAUCCAUGUCUGUUGUUGCCUAAUGUGGAUCUUGUUUUGUUUAGUAGUUUGUACUUUUUUUCUGCAUCGGUAUUGGUGGACACAGAUGAAUGCACUGCACUUUACUUGUCUUCUCAUGUU